AUGGCAACGCAUUACGCCCUUGUAUCCGGAGCCUCAAGUAGAUUGGCAGAUCAGUACUAUCUUGUCAAGCAGGCUUGCGACGAGUAUUCCACUAACCAUGGUAAAAGCACCCUGUCAAAGCAACAGUUGGACUACAUCCUGGGAAGAUUCAACGUAAUACUUCCAGAAGUUGCCUUUGAGAAGUUUUGGGAGAUGUUUGCAAGCUCUUCAGAGACGGAGAUUUCUAUUAGCCACUUCUUGCAGAAGCUGAAGCCUUCGCAAGCUUCAAAUAUCCGAGCAGCUGGACUGCGAGCCAAAGAGAUCCCGUUCGCAAGUGCAUCCUCUCCCAAGAAGCCCAAGAAGCUCUUCAACUGGAAUCCAGCUGAGCUGGGUCCAACCCCUAUCUGGGACAACGAGUGGCGCCAGGAACAGGAUGAAAACCUUGGAGCCCCGACGAUGACUGGGAUUAUGUCAGGAGCCUACUACUUUCAGCGUGGUAAGAUGGGACCAACCAAGGCGCCGCGACAGGAGUGGGACUACGAGAUGCGCGCUCCUCUUGCUACGGUGCUCAUAGAAGGAAAGUUUUACGGGGGCUCAGAAAAGGACAUGGAGGAUAUGCACAAAAGACGCAAGCAGGAGAGAGCAAGGAUGACAGCUCUUAUCAGACGAAACAAGCAGUCGGUCACAGCAGCAAUCAGCACAGUCGUCCCAGAGAUCCACACCGAGCUCGUCUCUUUGCCGGAGCCUGCCCUCUACCUCCCUUAUGUUGUGUUCAGAUCAAUGCAAUUCACUCCGCAAGCUGUGCAAGGAGCGAUCAACCCGAAACUUCGUCUGUCGUUCUCUGCUGAUCGGACACGGGCGAGUUCGUUCGAAGAAGCCAUGCAACAGUUCAAGAAUUCUCAGCUUGUGACAGCAAGGCCGUCUGGAGCAGUCACCAGCAGAGUGCGAGAAGCGAAAGCAGAAGAAAGGAUGAGCAUGAACGAGUCAAGGAGAGUGCAAGCCAUCGUUACCCCAAGAGCCAACACAUCUCAGAGCUCUCUCUUCCUCAAGCAAGCCUUCCAAAACGUCCGAAACUCGCUUCCCGAUGAGGCCUUUGCAUCCGCAAAGCCAAGCCCUGCUCGGCCUAAAACAGCGUACGUGAGCACCCCAAGACUUAUGACUCCAAGACUUGGAGGAAGCAGACCUUCAAGCGCACCCACACGUCAGCUCCUCCGAUCUCUCCCUGCAGACUCAGCAGCGGUGCUGAUUGAGAAGCUGGAAGCGAUGGAAGAGGAAGCGCUUGUGCUCACGAGUUUCAUCCAGCUCGUUCGAUCUAUUCCCAUCACAGAACAAGCUAUCUCGGACGAUCAGUUGUCCCUCCUCGCUAAAUUGUCUGGUGCGCAUGCUACCGGUAUGGUAAACAGGAAGCAGAUGAUCUCUUUGCUGCAAAUCAACAGACAAUCCCAGACUUGA